AUGGUGCUCGAGGCAACGAUGAUCUGCAUCGACAAUUCGGAGUGGAUGCGCAACGGAGAUUACUCUCCGAACAGAUUCCAAGCCCAAUGCGACGCCGUCAAUCUGAUUUGUGGAGCUAAAACUCAAUCAAAUCCUGAGAAUACAGUGGGAAUCUUAACAAUGGCAGGAAAGGGGGUUCGUGUCUUGGUCACCCCGACCAGUGACCUUGGCAAGAUCUUGGCUUGCAUGCACGGUUUAGAGAUAGGCGGUGAGAUGAAUUUGGCCGCUGGGAUCCAGGUUGCUCAGUUGGCCCUCAAGCACCGUCAAAACAAGAAGCAACAGCAAAGGAUUAUUGUGUUUGCAGGAAGCCCUGUUAAGUAUGAGAAGAAGGUGCUUGAGUUGAUUGGAAGGAAACUGAAAAAGAACAGUGUUGCUCUUGACAUUGUAAACUUUGGUGAAGAAGAUGAAGAGAAGAAUGAAAAGCUUGAGGCAUUGCUUGCUGGAGUAAAUAACAAUGAUAGCAGCCAUAUUGUUCAUGUUGCUCCUGGUCCUAGCGCCCUUUCAGAUGUGCUUAUCAGUACCCCAAUCUUUACUGGAGAUGGAGAAGGGGGAAGUGCCUAUGCAGCUGCUGGAGCUGCUUCUGGGUUUGAAUUUGGUGUGGAUCCAAACUUGGAUCCUGAACUUGCCCUUGCACUUAGGGUAUCAAUGGAAGAGGAGAGGGCAAGGCAAGAAGCAGCUGCGAAGAAGGCUGCAGAAGAAUCUUCCAAACAGGAAAAGGGAGAACAACAGACCACGAUACAAGAUGCCACAAUGACCGAGAAUACGAACCCUGGAACUUCUCAACCGGAAAAGAAGACAAAUGAUCUAACGGAUGAUGAGAAUGCAUUGUUACAGCAGGCUCUAGCUAUGUCCAUGGAUGACUCUUCCUCUACUAUUGCUGUACGCGACACUGACAUGUCAGAUGCAUCUGCAGAUGAUCAUGAUUUGCAACUUGUUAGCUUAUUGUUUCCUGGAUCUGAUACUUUUGCCAAAGUUACAGUUGAGGAUUCUUCAUUUUUAGGAAAGAAAUCUUCUGCGCUUCAAUUAUCUGUUCAAGACAGUUCAGGAGAACAAUCCAAUCAGUCAGAUGUGAAUAAGCUGUUGGGAGACCAGUCCUUUAUGUCCACCAUACUUUCCCAACUGCCUGGAGUUGAUCCGAAUGAUCCACACGUCAAAGAUUUGCUGGCUUCUAUGCAGAGUCCAUCUGAGAACAAGGAAGAAGACAAGACCCCACCCAAAGAGGACGAGAAGAAAUAAACACGCAUGCAACAAAGAUAACAGGUCAAAAGAUAUUUUAUGCAUAGUUCUCGAGGUGUUUUGAAUUGGGGAUGGUCGUUAUCGUUUUCUAUCUGUUUGGAAUUCGCCUUGAACAAUAUCUUAUGUUGACGCUGAAGUGGUGCAUGCUAUGAGCCGAUUUGGCUUAUUAUGUAAUGGAUUUAGAUAAUAGUUGGUUGUUGCAUUUGAUAUCGCAUUGUUGGUAAUUCAAAGUCAUAUGCUUUGUUAUGGAUACUUAUUCAAUCUUGGCUGUUUUCAUAUGCAAGAUUUUUUAAGGUUUUUUGAAAGUUGAAUUUUAUUUUGUUUUUUUCGAAACGAUAGAGGAUAUUAUAUUGGGAAAACUCGGCAAAGAUCGAAAGAAAAACAUGGGAGGACAUGCAUAAAAGCGGCCUAGAGACAAACCCCGUAGCUAAGGUUGAG